AUGUCCACACAGCCUUCGGUGGCAGAGCUGCCACCACAGACUCAACCGGUUGCGCAAAGAUUGUCAGUAUUACACGGUCCUGUCGAUCCUCCUCUUGUCGACUUGACCCUCGGUGAGCUCCUCCAGCUCCAAACAUACCAGCAUGGAACCCAGGAGUGCAUCGUCAUUCCAUGGACAGGAGCAAGAUGGACAUACAACGAAUUGAAUCAACAGAGCUCAUCUCUCGCACAAGCACUGUUAGACAUGGGGAUUGGAGUUGGAGACCGUGUUGGCAUAAUGGCUGGAAACUGCGAGCAAUAUGCUGCGGUCUUCUUUGCAGUGGCCAAAAUCGGCGCCAUUCUCGUCAUUCUGAACAACACUUAUACGCCCACCGAAGCCAUGUACGGUUUGAAGUUUUCCGACUGCAAGGUGUUCUUCACCACGCAGCAGAUUGGCCGACUGGACAACCGAAAGCUUCUUGCGGCACUGGAGGCCGAGACGGACGGGCCGAAGGUGUACAUUUUGCGUGGCGAAGCUGGCAAAUAUCCCACCUAUGACGCUCUGAUUAAGUCGAGCAGCCGGAAGAGCUAUGAUAAACUGUAUAGAGCGAUGCAGCGAGUGUUGCCGCAUCAAGUUGUUAACUUGCAGUUUACGAGUGGUACAACUGGCUUGCCAAAAGCUGCGAUGCUCACCCAUCACAAUCUGGUAAACAAUUCCCGUUUUAUUGGAGACCGAAUGAGAUUGACAUCGGAAGAUAUUCUCUGUUGCCCUCCGCCUCUAUUCCACUGCUUCGGCCUGGUUCUUGGCCUCUUAGCCAUUGUCACGCAUGGCGGGAAAAUCGUGUAUCCAGCCGAAGUAUUCGAUAUUCCUUCCACUCUCCAAGCAAUCUCUGACGAAGGCUGCACGGCUGUCCAUGGCGUCCCUGCCAUGUUUGACUCACUAUUCCAGGCUGAAUUCCCACCAGGCUUCAACUGCGACAGGCUCCGGACAGGAAUCAUUGCCGGAGCACCUGUUCCCAGAUACUUGAUGGAACUUCUGGUCAACAAAUUUGGCAUGACAGAGUUUACAAGCAGCUACGGUUUGACCGAAGCGUCACCAACUUGCUUCAACGCCUUUACUGACGACGCACUGAGCAUGAGACUGAGCACCGUCGGCACCUUGAUGCCACACGCACAAGCAAAGAUUGUCGAUCGCGAUGGUAAUAUUGUUCCCAUCGGUGCAAGAGGAGAGCUUUGCAUGGCAGGAUAUCAACUCCAGGCCGGGUACUGGAAUAAUUCGGAAAAGACCAAUGAAACCAUGGUGAGAGAUUCCGCAGGUGUCCUGUGGUUACACACUGGUGACGAAGCUGUUUUUGAUGAGAACGGCUACUGUACCAUUACCGGCCGAUUCAAGGACAUCAUCAUUAGAGGUGGCGAGAACAUAUACCCGCUGGAAAUCGAGGAGCGACUCAUGGCCCACCCUUCCGUCUCCAGGGCCAUUGUCGUCGGGCUCAAAGACAAACACUAUGGCGAGGUAGUGGGUGCAUUUGUCGAGAAACUCGAUAACAGUCUCCAGCCAACAGACUUGGAGUUGCGGGACUGGGUUCGCAACACCCUGGGUAAGCACAAGUCACCGACGCAUGUUUUCUGGCUGGGACAAAAUGGAGUGCCCUCGGACGUGCCAUUGACUGGCAGUGGGAAGGUGAGGAAGUUUGAAAUGGCCAAGAUGGGUAAUGAUAUUUUGGCCAAGAGAUCGCAGACGUCCAAGUUGUAG